CGCUCAGCGCCAGUAAGAGCUCGUGAAUCAUGUCAAUGAAACUUAAAGUGUCUGAAAUUCAAAUUGUAGCGGAGAGAUUCCCAUUCAGCCACCAAAACAAACCGCCGCCCGAGCCGUCGCAGAUUUGUUACGUGAGCGCGAAAAGCAUCACGGGAAGAGUGCUGCAGGAGCCGGAGACAUCGCUCCACGGGAUGGCGGGGGAGAGUGGCGGAGAGGACGUGGUUGCAGAGUACCUGGGCCAGAAUCCGCAGCUGGCCCAAUGGGUGGAAACAUUCAGAAGCUACUGUGAGAGCAACAAGCAGUGGGUCGCUCGGAGAGAGUUCAUCCUUAGGAACAUGGAGGCUUUCCCGACAGUGAAGCCAGGAGUCUCCAGCAGCAGCCUGGACAGGCUGCUCUCUUUGUCCAUGGUCUGGGCUAAUCACGUUUUCCUGGGCUGCAGCUAUCCACAGGCUGUAAUGGACAAGAUCAAAGAGAUGGGAGAAGGGAUAAAAGUCCAAGAUCCUCCUGUUCACAAAACAACAAAAGAUGAAUUCACAGCCAGAGGAAAGAGGAGCGCAUCAGCUGAGCUUGAGGAUGACAGCUGCGUGAAAAGAGCCAAGGCUGGGCCUAAUGAGCUCGACAGCAGACCUGCGCUCAGGACGGCGGCGCGGCCUGCGAGUCAGAAGCUGGGACCACCUCCACAGGCUCCAGCAGAGCACCAGCCCUUCUUCAACCGCCUGUACAAGGCUGUGGCGUGGAAACUGGUGUCAGCCGGGGGCUUUGGGCCCAACUUGGACCAUUUUGAAAUCCUUCGCAGCUGCGUGGAGUCGUGCAAGCAAACCCUGACGUGCGUGUUUGUGCCGCUGAAGGACAUCACGGGCCUCCCCGCGGGCCGCACACAGAAGGAAGGCCACGUGUGUGAAAUUCGCUGUCAGACUGUUUUCAUGGGCACAGGAUACGGGCGCGACGAGGCCGCUGCCAGAGCCAUGGCUUCCAAAGAAGCCCUUAAAGUAUUUCAGGGGCGGAAAGUCACUGUAAAGAUCUGUCGGCGGAGGUACAAAGGGAAAGACGUGGAUGAUCUGAUGCUGUUGGACGAACAGCCCCGCAGUCAGGGCUUUCCUCCUGCUCUCAGCUACCCUUUUCAGGACGAGCAGCUGGAAGACAGUUCAUCGUAGAAGCUUUGACUGGGUGGAGCUACUGAAGGCGUUCACGCCUGUGUCGGGACCAGACUGUUAUGCAGCUGACCAUCGUAGCUAAGCCCAGAGAAUAUUAGGUAACUUGGAGCAUUAACUGUCAUGGUGCAUUUCACACAAUACCUUCAUUUCUUAAUAAUCUUACGCGUGCACGAUCACCAGAACAAUAAAACUAGUCCCAAGUCUGCAAAAAAAACAAACCCACUCCACUGCUCCUGAUAUUUUCAGCCAUUAUCUGAGUUGUAAAGACAGCAAACAGCGAACCAAAGUGUGUGGAGUGAGCGCCUGUGGCACUGGUUAAAAGUCCAGCAGCCACCAAUGAGCAAAACUGCAAUAUUACACUGUUUGUGACUGUUUAUGACAAAAGCAGUUUGGCCAGUAGUUCGUUCCCCCUUCAGUUCAUUCCUGUGUCACAGCUUUUUAUCUGCUGAUUUCAUGAGGGUAACACAGGAGUACAUGAGGUUUUAUUUGAUUGGUAGGAGUUGGGUUUUGGUUUUUUAGGUUCCAACUCACAACGUACAAGCAAAGUGAGUCACACGGACUCAACAAUUACAGCUUCAAUAACCUGGCAGGGUAACGAUUCUUUUCUAAACAUGAUGUACUGUUCCUUACUGAGAAUAUUAAAAAAACAUCAGACUGUGGCGCACCAGUCUGCAUUUAGUUUAGUUGUUUCUUGUUUCAGUGAUAAAUGUCAGUCUUUUCCUUUAAUCGUACUCGUGAAGGGUUGCAAUGACAUUGCUAUUCUGUCGUGAGCUGCACUUAAAGAGGGGGGGCCUCUUACGCUCAUUCCCAUCUCCAUAUUUAGAUUCUGUAACAUAAUUCACAGUCAUUCUUAUUUGUUUCAGCCCCUCCCCCUGUCUGAAACCAGCUGAUUCAGCUCCUUUCCCUCUCAGCCAGCUGUAUUCUAAUUGGCUGCCCUUCAUGAACAGCAGGAUGAUCAGUGUGCUGUGUGUCUGACAGAGCCACGCCUGCUCUCGCUGAUGUCACACAGAGCCAAGAGGAGAAAAACGGGCAGCUUUUGGCUCACACGGUGUUACUUGCACAUUCCCUGGUUUUUCUAAACACUGGUUUUAUUGUUAAUAUGAGUGUCGCCCACUGUAACAGUAUAUGUGAUAUCAUAUUAGGAGAGCAGGGCUGCACCUUAUUGAAUUGAUCACAUUAUUCUUAAUUUUUCGAUUAGCUUGGAGAAACAGUGCGUUGAUUAUGUCUUAGUUCAGACAAACUAAAUCUGAAAUCCUGGUUACAGUCAUGGUUACUGGUUUCCAGUUCUUCAUGGAACUGGCAUCCCAGUGAUUCAAAAACAUGUCCACACGGACUUAACUGAAGAUUGUUUUUUUUAUUAUUCAGACAGAAACUGAGGGAGACUCUGCCAACUACAGUACCUGUUUGACUGUAAAUGCUACUGCUUUUCUUUGAUAUUAUUAUAAAUAAGUUGAUGUUAAAAAAGAGAAAGUUUGAAGUAUUUGGUUGUUAAUAUGAAGAAUGUUUGUUUGGACGCGUCGUGUGUGUUUCUGAUGUGUUUGAGGGUAAAGUGCUGCCGUAACGUGUUUGUUUCUUUCUUGCAGUCUCGGUUGAAAUUGAACAGGGUUGCGUUAAAGUGUGAGUAUCUAUACUGUUCCAUUGUACGUUUACGCCAGUGCUCCUGUUUCUAUAUAUUUUUAAAUAAACCAAAUUGAAACUAA